GGCAAAUUCGUUCGUUGAACUUCACAGUCCUUACUACUCCGUGCGCAGGUCGUGCUUCUUUUCCUUCUGCGGUUACUACUGGUAGUAUACACACCGUCCCUCGCUUUUCCCACACACACUCCUUUCCACCGCCCAAACAAACCGGCUAGUCCGAAGUGCGUGUGACACUCUCUUGAACUGCAUACCCAGCGACACAAUACCCCAACAUCAAAUCCUCAACAAUGCGCUUCGCUCUUGUGUACGUCCUCGCCGCCGCCUUCCCGGCUCUUCCCGUUCUCGCUCAGAGGGGGCAUGGCGGAGGCGGUGGCAGUGGUUCCUUCAACCACGGCGGUGGCAACGCCCCCAACACCUUCAUCACCAGAACCUCUGCUGCCCCUCCCGCAGCUGCUACAGCCGCGCCCCCUCCUGCUGCUGCGACCUCAGCCGCCGCCGGCACUGGAGGUACCUCUACUGGGGGCAACUCUGGCUCGGUCGAUACUUCGCUGAUCCCUCCCUUCGGCAUCACUCCGGGGGUCAAGGCGACCGACGGAACUGCGAAUUGCGUCGGCGACAAUGGGGUGGACAUCCCCUGCAACUGUCCACCCGACUUGAACACUUUCACCAGUGCCCUUGAAACCUCGGUCGCAAGCGGAAUGGCGUUCCCAUCCGGCAAUUCUGCACAAGACCAGCUCACCCGUCUUCAGACGUGCAUCGUCACCCUCCAGAACUUCAGGGGAGGCGCAGGAAGUGGCGUCGGAUGUCCCAUCGUCGCGACGACGUGGAAGGAGCUGCAAGCUCAACUGCAAUCCGAAGCCUAGUAACCAAAGGAAAAGGGGGGCGGCUGGAAAGGGAAAAGGGAGGUUCAGUAACAUAGUACUGGCUAAAGCAACAAAGGGCACUUUGCCACAUUCUG